UAGUUUUAUUGCAAACCACUUCUGAUUGUGUAAGUCUCAUGGAAAUUCCUAUUCGUAAUGUAAACGUUUGAAUGAGUAUAUAAACCUCUUCAGGCCCGAGAGGUUUAACCAUUCUUAAGCCAAAUUUCAGUCGAGAAUGUUUCGAGCUCAAACUUUUGGCUUUUACUUGGUGGUUUUCUUGGUCUUGGUUGCUGCCAGGCCUAAAUUCAGAUUGAAAAGCGCUAAGAAUCAGAUUGAAGUCCUGAGUGAAGGAGAUUCUACUGGAAAAGAUUUGUCUUCUCUAUCAUGGUUAUACACAAAAGAAUCUAGCGAAGCAUCCGUUACCACUGAAGAAUCCACCUCUGAAGAACCAAGUGAAGAAGGGAACUCGGAGUCCAGUAAGGAAUCAAAUGAGGAAUCACUUGGGGAGUCAUUUGAGGAGUCAACUGAGGAGUCUUAUGAGGAUUCCUAUGAGGAUCUUAUUUUAGAGGAGGAGUUCGAAGAGGAUUCCAGGGAGGAGCCCUAUGUGGAGUCAGAUGAGGAGUCAAAUGAGGAGUCAAAUGAGGAGUCAAAUGAGGAGUCACAUGGGGAGAGUCAUGAUUGGUCUUAUGUGGCAUAUACUGCAUGGCCUCAUAAGAAUUCUCAUAAGCAGUAAAAUGAGGAUAUUGACUAUUAUAACGAUAACUAAUGCUUUGAGACAUAUUAGCGUUUUACUUUCAGUCAAAACGUAAUAAAAUCAUAUGUUGAAACAGAAACAAAUUGAAAGAGUAGAAAUGAGUUACUUUCUAUUAUAUAGCCUUGUGCUAUUUGGUUUUCUGAUCACUAUAGAUGCCUUUCCGGUACCUCGAGGUCCAAUAGAAGCGGCAAUGGCCACAGAACCGGAUAUGGACUUUCCAGAUAUUGAUUUUUGGGUUUGGAUUUAAGCGGAUAUUUAAUACUACUACCCAGUUGCUUUUCGCCCUGGUUCGUCGCAUAUUUGAAACAGAAAUUUUAAUUAAAACAAACAAUAUGUUACCUAAA